AGCCAACGGUCCAGAUGUGACCGCUUCCCCCAAGGCAAGGAAACCACACGCGGGAGGAGGUGAUCCCUUUCUCUCGUCAUCGCCCCCAAAUCGAUCUCGAUCGAUCGAUCAAUUAGGUCAGAAGAUUCAAUCGAAGUUGAUUCGCGAGCUCGGACAUGGCUGGAGGCAAGAGGAGAUCGAAUUCGAGAAUAAACAGCGGCGGCGGUGGCGGCGGAUCAGCUGAUCUCAGUCUCACUUGUGUUCAUCCAGUAUCGACGUUCGGAGAUACAAAUGGAGAGAAUAAAAUGGAAUUUUCUCAGCCUUUCAUUCUGUGUGGUUCAAAGGACAGCCAAAUUGUUGCUUAUGUAGAUGAAGGGCCAUCGUCAGUGGAUCAAGCAAAUAUCAGUUUAUGAGUAUCAUUCAGAUUUUGUUCUCGGCGAUAGCUCACACACAGGAUUGGGCUAUUGUAAUGAAUACAAUGCAGCUCCAACGGGAAUCAAAGCAUCAUCAGGGAAAAUGGAAAAUCGAGAAGAGUCACAGAGUGGCAUGUCAUCGCCUGAGCAGGAAGUGGAUUAUCGUGAGAGCUUUGACUCUGGAGCAGCUGAAAAGGGGGCUCAGCUUUUGUCAAAGGAUACAUCCACGAAGGAAAAUUCUGGGUUUGUAUCAAUUGGGGGAUUGGAAAUAUAUACAGAAUAUAUAUCCGAUGAGGAAGAUGGUGAGGAUGAUGUUGCGGCAUAUGGUGAUGAGGAAGACUCGGAGUCGGAGUCAGCUGAGCAGGAUCGAGCGACAGAUUCUUUUGAAAGUGAUGACUCCGAGAACAUGUCUGAUAGUGGUUCAGAUGUUGAUGAUGAAAUUGCUCAAGAUUAUUUGGAAGGAAUCGGUGGGAGCGAUUCUCUUUUAGACGCUAAAAAUUUGUUACAGCAGGUUUCUUCUUCGUCAGAUGAUGCAGACGAUUCUUCUAGCAGUGAUUUGGAUGAAACGAUGAAAAAAUUGGGUGGAAUUGCUCUCCAGGAUGCUUCCACGGAGUAUGGUAUGCAGAGGAAGCGUCAAUCAAAACAUCAAGGUCUUGGGAAUGUGAGAGAUAAUUGGUCAUCAGCUGUGGAUGAUUUUAUCUUGGUAAAAGAUGUGAGGACUCCUUCAGCCAAGAAGAAUCGUGGUACAAGAGUGCCUCAAUCUCAGUCAUUGGGGUCUCAGAAGAGUACAAGAUCGAGAAGAUUUCCUGGUGAAAAGAAGAAACAUCGCAAAGAAUUGAUUGCUGCUAAACGUCGGGACAGAAUGAUUCGUAGGGGCGUUGACCUGGAGAGUAUAAAUAAGGUAAGGGUGGAAGUAUCUGGAAGUUGCAAAGGCAUUCUUCCUUCUUCUCCCUAAUUAUAAAUUGUCCUUGUGAUUUGAUGUACAAUUAACAAGCAAUUGCAUAAUUAAAUUUUGGACAUGCCUCUCAUUUUUCCUUGUUUGUUUGAGCCAAAAUUAACUCUGUUACUUCUGCUUCAUGGAUCCUAUGAUGUAUUUUCUUAAUUUUCUUAUGCUUCGUGCAUUGAAUUGUUAUUUUGUUAUCAGAUUUUUAAGCAUGGAAGUUGUAGACCUUGUUUCAUUAAUAUGAGAUGGUAAUGGAUUAAUGAGAGGGUACAUGUUCAUCUGAGAGGAUCCUUUUGUU